UGCCUCCAUGUCAUUGCUCUUUUUUGAAAAUGAAGAACAAGGAGGCAGCUGGGUAGCUCAGUGGAUUGAGAGCCAGGCCCAGAGAUGGGAGGUCCUAGGUUCAAAUCUGACCUCAGACACUUCUCAGCUGUGUGACCCUGGGCAAGUCACUUUAACCCCCAUUGUCUAGCCCUUUACCACAGUACUGAUUCCAAGAUGGAAGGUGAGGGUUUAAAAAACAAUCAUCCUUCAUAAUACUGAUUUAAAAAGAGGGGAAAAUAGGGGCAGAUAGGUGGCUCAGUGGAUUAGAGAGCCAGGCCUAGAGACAGGAGGAGGCCUUGACUUCAAAUCUGGCCUCAGACUCUUUUCUAGCUGGGUGACUCUGAGCAAGUCACCUUAUCCCAAUUGCCUAGCCCAUACGAUUCUUUUGCCUUGAAACUGAUACUUAGUAUUGAUUCUAAGACAAGGUAAAAGUUUAAAAAAAAAAGAGGGGAAAAAUAGCAAUUCAGUCAAACUAGUCAGCUUAUUGAUCAACAUGACUUUUUGCUACCCCAUUCAGUGAAGAGAUUUUUCCAUCAAAGCCACAGAAUAUCCGAGUUCUGGCAUUUUCCUUCCCCUGCUUAUCUAGUCUUUCUUUUUUUUUUUUGAAUAUUUUGAAAAUGGGAUUAAUGGUCACCAGGAACCAGUAUGGGUUCACUAAGACAAAGAAAGCUAAGGCGGACAUGCUUCAUUUCCUCUUCUUAGGGUUUCUAGUCUGGUUGGUCAGCAGAAUCUGUCAUAGUCCGAAUAGGUGGAAUUAUCCACUGGGCUGAUGGAAAUGCAAUUGUUAGUUUUGGUAUUCGGUGGCACUUCAGACACACGCUAGCAUUGUAUUCCUGGGCAAGUCACUUAACCCCCAAUCAGAGCUGUCAGACCAGGGCCAGCUGAUGUAUUUGACCUGCAAAACUCCCCAGUGCUCUCCAAAACAGAUGAAAAUGCCAGAGGGGGGGUGCUUAACAAAAUCAAUAAAAAGGCUUUAGAAAGUAGAUAAUGUAAAUUUGUGUUUUCUAAGUCAGUGUGUGGUUUGGGAAUUUGUUUCAAUUUGAGUUUGGCGGCACUGCUUGAGAUAGCCCUCUAAGACCACAGGUAGAGGGAGUUGAUUUCUGCGUUUUCUACAUGCUAUGUCCUCAUAUCACAUUGUUGAUAUUUUGAACUUAGUGGACAGCCUUGGAUUACAUCUGAGGGCUGAGAGAGUACCUGGAGGAUGCUGUUACCGCCCACAAUAAGAGAAAAGUUAGGAAGAGUGCAGGCCUGAGGGAAAGGGGGAAAGUCAGUCAUGAAUUCCAUUAUUCCAUAGGCUGCAUUUGACCUGCCUGUGGGACAUCUUGCAGAAAACACAGCAAGCUUUUGCUGGGAGGCCUUUGGUUGGAGAUGGGAGGCUUGGGCUGGAGGCAGAGAGUGGCUUGGUCUGAGUGUCACCUGCAGAAAGUCAAUACAUAUUCCUCUACAUCUACAGUGAAGAGAGAUCACCAUUGGAGUGCAGUACAAGAGCAAAGAAAGCUUUGGUUGCCACAAACUCUUCAGCCUUAGUUUAUUGUCUGUAUUAUUUUGUUCAAAGAAACGAAGUCUUUCCACCUGUAUAUAAUCAAUUUAGUGAUCACAGCUUUUUAAAGAAUGGUCUUUGGCAGCUUCUCACUGCCAGAUCCCAUUAGCAUAGGUACCACAGUGGUACCAAGACAUGCUGUUUUAGACCAGCAGGGAAAUCGGCUUGGUUUCCUUUUCUGGGAGACAGAUGAUUGUUAUUUAAACAAAGAGGUUUGUGAUGACUAUUUGGUGUUAUGACAAAAGCAAAAAAUGUCAGUAGAGUCAAGUUUAGAAACCUGCCCACCAAAUAGAGUUCCUUUGAACUCUGGAAGUGAUGAUUCUGUUUGCUGGACUUGAAGCAUGAUUUGGUGCAUAGCUGUUGAAAUCUCCAUCCUUGAUAUUUUGGGUUUCGAUGUGAAUCAUACUGACAGGAAAAAUUAUUUGAAAAAUUCUCCAUAAAAACAUCUACGUUUGGAAGAAGAACCUUGCCAUCUGCUGAGCUAGGACGAGGAUCUCUCCUCCUAAUCUGGGCUUCCUGUCAUGGAUGAAGAGACCCAGCACAGCCUUGAAUGCAUCCAGGCCAAUCAGAUCUUUCCCAGGAAGCAAUUGAUUCGAGAGGAUGAGAAUCUUCAGGUUCCUUUCCUGGAGCUUCACGGUGAGAGCACAGAGUUCGUGGGCCGGGCUGAGGAUGCCAUCAUUGCACUGUCCAAUUACAGGCUGCAUAUCAAGUUCACAGAAUCUCUUGUGAAUGUUCCAUUACAGCUCAUAGAGAGUGUUGAAUGCCGAGAUAUAUUUCAACUUCAUUUGACUUGCAAAGACUGCAAAGUUAUCAGGUGUCAGUUCUCAACCUUUGAGCAGUGUCAAGAAUGGCUUAAAAGACUGAACAAUGCAAUCCGGCCUCCUUCCAAGAUAGAAGAUCUCUUCUCAUUUGCCUAUCAUGCUUGGUGUAUGGAGGUUUAUGCCAGUGAGAAGGAACAACAUGGUGACCUGUGCCGGCCAGGGGAGCACGUCACAGCAAGAUUCAAAAAUGAAGUUGAGCGGAUGGGUUUUGAUAUGAACAAUGCCUGGAGAAUCUCCAACAUCAAUGAGAAGUACAAACUGUGUGGCAGUUACCCACAGGAACUCAUCGUGCCAGCCUGGAUUACCGACAAGGAGCUAGAAAGUGUAGCAAGCUUUAGGUCUUGGAAACGCAUUCCUGCUGUGGUCUACAGGCACCAAAGUAAUGGGGCUGUCAUUGCUCGUUGUGGGCAGCCUGAGGUCAGCUGGUGGGGCUGGCGGAAUGCAGAUGAUGAGCAUCUUGUGCAGUCUGUGGCCAAAGCUUGUGCCUCUGACUCCAGGUCAAGUGGUGGGAAAAUACUCAAUGGAAAUUGCUCUCGGGAGUUCUCCAAUGGAGGUGACCUUUCAGAUGUGGAAUUUGAUUCUUCUCUGUCAAAUGCUUCUGGAGCAGAGAGCUUAGCUAUCCAGCCUCAAAAGCUUUUAAUUUUGGAUGCACGCUCCUAUGCAGCAGCUGUGGCAAACCGAGCCAAAGGGGGUGGCUGUGAAUGCCCAGAGUAUUAUCCCAACUGUGAAGUGGUGUUUAUGGGCAUGGCAAACAUUCAUUCAAUUCGGAAGAGCUUCCAGUCCCUGCGAUUGUUGUGUACACAGAUGCCUGACCCGGGAAAUUGGCUUUCUGCUCUCGAAAGUACCAAGUGGCUGCAGCAUCUCUCAGUAUUGCUGAAGUCAGCUCUGCUGGUUGUUCAUGCUGUGGACCGUGAUCAGCGGCCUGUGUUGGUCCACUGCUCUGAUGGCUGGGACCGGACACCCCAGAUUGUGGCGCUGUCUAAGCUCCUGCUGGAUCCCUACUACCGAACCAUAGAGGGCUUCCAGGUGCUCGUGGAGAUGGAAUGGCUCGAUUUUGGCCAUAAAUUUGCUGAUCGCUGUGGCCACGGGGAAAACUCGGAUGAUCUGAAUGAACGUUGUCCAGUGUUUCUGCAAUGGCUGGAUUGUGUCCACCAGCUCCAGAGGCAGUUCCCUUGCUCUUUUGAGUUCAAUGAAGCAUUCCUUGUCAAGUUGGUACAGCACACCUAUUCUUGCCUCUUUGGGACAUUCCUGUGCAACAAUGCGAAGGAGAGAGGAGAGAAACACACACAGGAACGGACCUGCUCCGUCUGGUCUCUGCUCCGGGCGGCCAACAAGGCCUUCAAGAACCUGCUCUAUUCUUCGCAGUCAGAAACUGUGCUAUAUCCAGUGUGCCAUGUGCGAAACCUAAUGCUGUGGAGUGCCGUGUACCUACCGUGCCCCUCCCCUUCCACACCUGCCGAUGAUACCUGUGCUCCAUACCCAGUCCCUGGUGCCAGUCCUGAAGAUCAGCCUCUGAGUAGGCUACCAAAGACUCGGUCGUUUGACAACCUCACCACAGUCUGUGACAGCAAUGUGCCACCCACCAGCCGGCGCAGCAGCGACCCUAGCCUCAACGAGAAGUGGCAAGAGCAUCGGCGCUCCCUGGAGCUGAGCAGCCUGGGCAGCCCAGGGGAGGAGCCUUGUGAUGGGGACACUUUGGGCAAACAAAGCAGGGCCUUGGUGGGAGCGGAGCUCUCAGUGGCUGCCGGUGUAGCAGAGGGGCAGAUGGAAAACAUCCUGCAGGAAGCCACUAAAGAGGACAGUGUGCUGGAGGAAGCCCCCCGCAGGAGCAAUGCCGACGUGGAAGAGACCAAAGAGGGGGCUCUCCUGGAGAAGAGCAGGAGGGAGGACCUUGAGCACUCACUUCCUAAGAAACCAGAAAUGACACGGGGAGCUCUGAUGACUUCUCCAGGAAAUAGCACACAUCAGCUCUUGGCAGAUCUCCCUGGGCAGCAACCCGAGGAGCCCGGGCCUCUGCCCAGCAACCCCCAGGAGGCCCCUAGGAGGCCUGGCCUGCAGGAAGGUCCUGGGGAGGGGCCAGGGGCCAGGGACACUCCACAGGCUGUGGAUGUAGAGAGCCACCCAUCCCCACUGCACCCCGAGAUUCCCUAUGGCUCCUCCCCACCCCCAGCAGUGCCAGCAGGAGCAAGAACCUCCACUGCAGAGAGCUGUGUGGAAACAGUAAGAGAAGGGGAGAUGAGCACAGAUGAGCUCCCCAAAGGGCCCAGCCAUAGACCUUGCCUCCUGGACAGUGGGGACGAUGAGCUUUCUCAAGCUGAUGGGGAGCACCUGGCAGACAGGGCCAGGGCGGGCUCUAGAGGACCCAGGACUUCCCACAGCCCGAUGCCUUCUUCCUGUGCCUUGCCCUUAGCGGAACCUAAAGAGGAGAUUGUGUGUAACGGAGACCUGGAGCUAGAGAACAAGGCCAUGGAGAGCCCCGUGGGGCUGACCGUGCCCCAGAGAUACCCUGCCCCGAACGGACACUGUCUGGAUGGAGAGCACGGCAAGGCGAAAGGGCCCUGGAGCCGGCGGGUGGCCGCUGCCAGCAGCGGCUGUGCCCAGCUCCCCUUGCGGAGCGCUCAGGCCAAGUGGCUGCAGGGCCAGCCAAGCAGACAGGCAGCAGUGGCUGGCAGUCCGGAGCAGCCCACUCGCAGUCACCUGGACGAUGACGGGAUGCCAGUCUACACGGACGCCAUCCAGCAGCGCUUGCGGCAGAUCGAAACGGGCCACCAGCAGGAAGUAGAGACGCUGAAGAAACAGGUUCAGGAGCUGAGAAGCCGCCUGGAGAGCCAGUGCCUGAACAGCUCCCUGCGCUUCAAUGGGGACUUUGGGGACGAAGUGAGCUCAGUCCCCGCCUCGGAAAGCAAUGUGGAUCAGAACUGCUUGUCUUGCUGCAGCAGAGAGAUUUUCUCUGAAGCCAGCUGGGAGCAGGUGGAUAAACAGGACACAGAGAUGACUCGUUGGCUCCCUGACCACCUGGCUGCCCACUGCUAUGGCUGCGACAGUGCCUUCUGGCUUGCCAGUAGGAAGCAUCAUUGCAGACGUGAGCCCGGGGAUUGGGGUAGCUUAGGCCAGCAGGUGCAGAAAUGGAGGAAAACCAGAGCACGUACCUCUCUCAGGAGACUGGCAUUUAGGAUUCAGUCGGGCUGUUGCUGUGUAAUUCACUUUCCAGGAACUGUGGGAAUGUUUUCUGCUCCAGCUGCUGCAAUCAGAAGGUGCCGGUCCCCAGGCAGCAGCUCUUGGAACCCAGUCGUGUCUGCAAGUCUUGCUACAGUAGCCUGCAGCCCUCAAGCUCCAGCCUCGACCUUGAACUGGAUAAGCCCAUCGCUGCCCCUUCCAACUGAAGCUUCUGCCUGGCGGGGACCAGGCCAGUGUCCCGCCCGGGGAACUCUGCACAUGCUGGGCACCCCAAGAGGCUCCCGUGGCCCACAUGCUUUGGAACGGGGGCCAAGGAACCACCAGCUCCAAGGCACAGAGCUCUAGGGCAUCCUGCUGCCAUGGAAGAUCCCUUCCCUUUUCCCUGCCCUUCUCCUUCUCUGCCUCUCCAUCCUCUGGUUUGUGUUUGGUCUUUAGUUUUGCUAGAGAACUGGAGAUUGCAAGGGGGGGUGGGGCCAAGAUGGGGCCCCUGUUGCUCUUAGCUCCCCCACUGUUGGUCUGUAUUGCAAAGGUGGCUUGGUUUGGAAUUGGGAAUGGUGGGGAGAAGGGAGAAGUAGGAGCCGAGACCAGAAGCGGUGCGCAGAGUGCCCUUGCCGAUGCUUUCAAUCACUCCUCAUGCCACCAAACAAGGUAGUGCUGUUUGGGGAAACCUUUGCUGCUAGAAGAAACGGGAAGCUUUCAUCCUGUGAGAGCUCAUCCCACCUUCCCUGUUGUAGCCUGGGCUUCAUUAGCCUCCUUGUGCUGACAGGGGAGCUGAGGCCAUUUCUGCACUCUCGUAGCUCUCUGUUCACGUGGCAUUUGGCUGAGGAAGUGGAAGGGAGGGGAGAAGGGCUGGCUUUCUCAUUUUAACUCUUAAGCCUGCAGACAGUGAGAAUGCCUAGCAGAUGAGCAGAUUGUUUCAUUCUUCCCCAAGUGGUUUGUUUGUACAUUGACCCAGAAUGUAGGACCCUCCUCUUCACUGACUGUGACCAGCCCUAGGUCCACACUGGCAGGAGCAACACAAACCCACCAAAGGGCAGUGGCCAAGUCUGCAGCUUCCCAGUGUCCACCCAUUCACAUACAGUCAUGGCCAAAACAGGGAAAUCUGGACUCAGGGUUCCAAAAGGCCCAGCUUCCUUCCUCACCCCCCCCCCCCCCCAAAAAAAAAAAACAACCCACCACAAUCAUGAUCUCCCCCACCCAGGGUGAAAUCAGCCUCUGAAAGUACAAAUCUGCAUGAAGGGAAACCAAACUUGCCAUUCCUCUUUCCCUUGGGGAGUGGACUGGCCCUGACCUCGGCCAUCAGCAGAAAGAGGAGUUCUACGCAGGACCCUCAUCUGGGGCCCUUUUUGGCUUCUCAGCAGCAGCAGCAGCAGCAAAAUGUACUUGGAGGAGCUGCCCUCGCAUCACUAGGGAAACUGCCCAGGACUCAGGAGGUUUUUGGGGAGAGGGGACACAAGAGCAGGAACAGAGAGGUGGAGGUGGAGGUUUGUGUGUUGGGGCUUUUCUUGGUAUCCAUGUUUUGCACCCACAGGCUCUCCCUCCUUCUGGGGAAGGAGAACCGUGCUUUGUUAGACUCAAAGCUGUCAACAGGUAACAGGGUAGAAAUGUCUAGAGGAGGGCUGAGGUCAGGGGUCCUACGGAAAGCCUGCUCCUCACUUAGUGUCAGCAAGGGCCUUUAGAGGGGACUGGCUUUGGCCCACAUCUCAGAAAAUGGCCCCUGACUGCCAACAAGCCCAGGGGCCUCACCAGACCAUCCGUGGGGCCCAUCUGUGGUAGGGGUACCUCUGAGUUAGAAUUAGGGAAACUGGGGGUGAGCUUCCUCACUCAUGGGGGCUCUGAAUGAGGAUGAAUCCGCCUAAAGGAAAGUUCUACAUUUUCCUAGUGGCAGGUCUCCAGAGGUUACGAUACGGGUUUCUUGGGUCUGAUGUACAGUGUGAAUAAAUGCUUGCAGCUCGUAGGCCCUCCCCCUUGUUUUUGAUCAAUGAAGCACUUUUUUAUUAAUAUUAUUUUUCUUUGUAUGUAAAGGAGGAACCGUAACUCUCCGUAGCUGUACAUAUCCCCCUUCUCUCUUACAGAGGGGGCAGUGCUCCUCUAUUUUUCAUUUUUUUGUCAAAACGAGAAGUAAAUACUUUAGAAUUGUUAAAUAUAUAAAUAAAAGUGAAUAAAGUUUA